AAAGUCGGAGGUGAUGGAAGAAAGAAAGGGCAAGGUCUGCCAGAGCCGUGCUUGCCACACUUGAGCUGGCCCAGGUCCCUUCAUCCCUCAGAUUCAACAACUCGGAAAAUCACGGACUGAAACUGCAGGGCUCUAUUGGCUGGUCGGAGGAAUGAGACCCGAGCCCUUUGACCAUGGGAGAUGUGACAACCUGAACUGUCUGGAAGGUUAUUAGUAGGCUUGGCUCCCGGAAUCCUAAGCCUCGUAGGGCUCCUGUCUGACAGGAGGCGUCUGACAUUCCAGAGCACCAGCACAGCAGUGAGCCGGACUUCUUCCUGUCUCAGACAAGGGCUAGGGUCACUCCUAUUCGGCUCCAGGAUAAACCAUCUCUGAUUCCCCUUUGAGGUGAGAGUUGUGUUUUUCCAUCGCAGAAGCGCUGUACUCAACAGUCUCUUCAUCAGUCACAAUGACCCCGUGUGCAGAUAUUUAUGGACUAUAAUUCCAUGUGUACUGAGCUUUGGAGAGAUGAAGUUACAGUGCAGCCUCAACUGGCGUUCCUUCAUGUUUGCCAUAAUUCCUUGAUCUGCCGAACUCAGCCUCAUCCGGAGAAAACCCAGCCAGGAGGAGCAUCCUAAAGAUGAAGGUGCUGGCGCCCACUCGUAGCGCUCCGGGUCGAGUAGACUCUACACAAAGCGGUUCCUCCCUGGGGUUCCCGAGCGCGCAGGAGGAGCUGCACGCUGAUUGGUGCGCAAGGCCGAAGCUCCGGGCUUGCCCCGCCCUGACCCUCAUCCUGGCAUUGCUAUUGGCCGAGCGGCCGUGCGCGCUGAGCUCGCUGUCCCUUUGGCUCCGCCCCUAAGCUCCGCCCCUUGGGUUCCGAACUUGCACCGGGUGCCGGCGGCCGCCGAGGGAGCUUGACUGCUGGGCGCCAGGCUCUAGGACGCAUUGUCGCGGCACAGACUCCUUUGUGAGAAGCAGACCGGCCUGGAGGCUGGGAGCAGAACACCCACGUCUGCAUGCUGAGGAAGAUGGGAGAGGCCGUGGCCAGAGUUGCGAGGAAGGUCAACGAGACAGUGGAAAGCGGCUCCGACACCCUGGGAGUGCACACGCUACAAGGUGUGAAAGCCAAAGGACAGCUCUCUGUAGUUGGUUUUCCCCUUCCAACUCGAGGGUCCUGGGGAUUGAACCUGUGUCAUCCGAUCUGGUGGCAAGUGCCUUUACCAGACCUGGCCGACUGCAAGCUUGUUUCUUUCCCCAUCUGCAUCUACAAGGUCCUGAGGAAUGUCUCUGACCAGAUCCAUCUCAUCACACUGGCCAACAAUGAACUCAAGUCCCUCACCAGCAAGUUCAUGACCACCUUCAGUCAGCUUCGAGAGCUACACCUGGAAGGCAACUACCUCUAUCGGCUCCCCAACGAGGUCAGCAGCCUGCAGCACCUCAAGACCAUCGACCUGUCCCGGAACCAGUUUCAAGACUUCCCCGAGCAGCUGACCACCUUGCCAGCACUGGAGACUAUCAACCUGGAGGAGAAUGAGAUAGUGGAUGUUCCGGUGGAGAAGCUGGCCACCAUGCCAUCUCUUCGAGUCAUCAACCUGCGUCUGAACCCACUGAGUGCUGAGGUGCGCGUCAUUGCCCCGCCACUCAUCAAGUUUGAUAUGCUCAUGUCUCCAGAGGAUGCACAGGCCCGUCUGCCUUAGGACACACUCUCAGUGCUCACCCAGCAAGGGACAAAGGCUACUGGCCUGCCACCCUGAGAGGAGGGAGGCCCAUGGGAGGCCAAGCUUGGGGAACGGGGUGGGUGGGCCAGACAGCAUACAGUGGGAGGGGCGCAGCUAAGCCAGGGUAGGUAGCUUAGUACUGUAGUGAGCCCUGGUGCUCCAGAGAGAGGAGGUAGAUGGAGCUAGAGCCUGGGCUUGGGGCACUCAUGGCUGCUGUGCUGACUUGGGCAGGUCUCUUGUUAUCUCUGGCCUUGAUUACUUGGGAGGAGGAAGGGUCGUGGAGAGCUUUUCCUGCUUGGGACCCCUCGGAGGUUCUGUCUCACAUCAUCAGACACCCUCUGAGCCUCGCUGGGCAUUUCAUGGACCUUAUGAUUUGAAGCUUCUUCCUAGUGUGAGAGCCUGUCGCCAUCCUGAGAGCAGACCACCUCUAUCUAUUUAUUGCCUUCUGAGGACUGAACACAGUGACACCCUUCUUGGUGCCAUGUCCUGGCCAUCGGGGUCCUUGCACUGGUCAGAGGCCAACCCUGCCUAGACCCUGUGGUCGGGCCCUGUGGCAGGAGUGUGUAUGAAGGACCCCAUGGACAUCUGGCCGGAGCACAGGGGGGCAGCUCCUGGCAACUCAUUCUUGUCACAAGACAUUGUGGGAGGACAUUCUAUGGACUCUGCUCUAUCCCUCCCUGAGAACUGUGUGAGGUAACCUGGCAUCAUCCACAGGGCCACAGGUGAGGUGGCCCAGAGAAGACAAAGCCGUCUGCACCUGUGACUCUGACCUGAGAUCCUUGGGUGACCUCCUUUACCGUGGCCUUUCUCUUGUGGCCUCCCUCUGGCAGCAACCUGGUUGCCUGGCCCUGGCUCAGUAACAUCAACCUCAAGGCCUUCACCAUAAUCACCAGUGACUUGCCAUCUUGAGGACCUUUGCCUGUGACCUGGGGGGUAGCUGUCCCAGUGUGCCUAGAACUGUGGCAUUUCCCAGGAGGUGGUUGGGUCCUUGCCCCCUGGUAAGGCCUGUCCUUGGGGAGAUCUCUGACCCCUCAAUCUGUAUGUGUCUACCUCCUCACCUGAGCAGCAGGUUUCUCAGCUGCCCCCCCCCCGGCCUGCCUAGUCGACACCUUUGUGUAGAUCUGUGAAGGCCAUGGAGGCCCCAGAACACAGGCAGUGCUGGGCCACUUUGUCGCUAAGGUUUCACAGUUUAGAACUUAACACUUGCUCAGAGAAGAAAUCCAUCAAAGAGUUUGUCUGGGUCCCUGUCCCCUCGCACUUAGUAAGGUUGUCACAGGAGCAUUGCUGGCACGACUGAAGGCUGUGUAUCCUAAGAAAAACUGUCCAUUCUGCUCUCAUCCAGAGGCUAGUCAGCCAGACAAGAAGGUAGACAGAGGUCAAGCAAGGGCCAGGUGCAGCCAAGACUGGACUGGCUCCUCCCACCCUGGGUCCCUGACUUGGGGGUUUGAUCUUGUUGAAGAAGAGGGGGUCUUCUCUGGGAUGUAAGGGGCACCCUAUGGUUGGAGCCUGGCAUGUGUGGACAGGCUAACAGCAGCUUGCUGGAAAUGCAGCCUCCUGUGGUACACACCUGUGAUCCCAGCCCUUGGGAGGCUAAGACUGUAGGUGUGUGGGUGUGGCCAGCCAGUGCUGCAUACCGCAAGCCUGUGUCAACGCAACAGCAGCAGCAGGCGAACAAAAAUAGUGACAAAGAGAAGAUAGUGUCAUACACGGUGGUGCCUGCUGAUAAACCCAGCCCUCGGAGAACAGAAGCAGAAGGGUCAGGAAUUCUAGGCCAGCCUCUGCCUAGAGUAAAGAAUCCCUGGGCUGUCUGAGACCCUCUUCAGUAAAGUAAAAGGGAAACUAAAGUGUAGACUCUCAGACCUUACAGUAGUGUUUAGGUUUUUCUUUUCUUUUUUUCUUUUUUUUUUUUUAACAAGACAGAGUUUUUCUGUGUAGUCUUGGUUGUCCUGGACUCACUCUGUAGACCAGGCUGGCCUCAAACUCACAGAGAUCCACCUGCCUCUGCCUCCCUGAGAGCUGGGAUUACAGGUGUGCACCAGCAUGCCAAGCUUGGAGCUGUGUCUUAACAAGAACCAUGGCCGACUCCUUCGGGAAUGUCAGAGUUUUAAGAAUCAGCCGAGGUGGCCUGGGCGUGUCCUCACAGUGCAGAGUAAAGGGUGUCCCCCUACUUCCAUGGCUCUGAGUAUAUGCUCCACCUCCCGCUAACUCAGCACUGGGGGCCCCUUCGCAUCUUAAAUCGCUUCUCAGUCUUCUUGUCGCUGGAAUGGUCAUGAUUGCGGUCACCGGAUGACGGUUAGGUGUGCUCUGUCCCCCCCACCACCACCUCUGUUAUCCCUGCAUGCCAAGCGGGGUCGCUCCUGGAAGUUGUUCUCUAGCCAUUACGUUCUGGCCUGUCAGGGCAAGCUUGGGCAGUCAGAAACCUCCGGAUCCAGGCUUACAGUGUGAAAAAGCACUUUGCUUCAGUCUGCAAUAAAGGAUGUUGUGUCAGUCUCA